UAUGUUUGGGCUGGUUGGGACGACAGUGUUCACGAUACUCGCAUUUUACAUGAAGCCUCCGGAAGACACGAUUUACAUUUUCCUCGUCCUCAUCCAAGUAAAUAUUAUUUGGUAGAUGCUGGAUAUCCUAAUCCAAUGGGUUAUUUAGGGCCAUACAAAGAAGUCAGCUAUCAUUUGUCUAAAUUCCAAUGA